CCCGCCCCUUCUGUCACUCAGCCAGCCUGGCCCCGCCCCCGCCGCCUGCCGGAAAAGCUGCCCGCCCCGUUCCCGCCGCUCGCCGGGGUUCGGCAGCGCCCGGCGUGGUUGCCAUGGCGGCGGUUGCUGCGGCGAUGAGGUGGCGGCUGCUGCUGGUGAUGAGUGCAGCGGUGCUGGGGGCCAGUGGCACCCCACAGCCACCCAACAUCCUACUCCUGCUCAUGGACGAUAUGGGGUGGGGUGACCUGGGAGUGUACGGAGAGCCUUCCAGAGAGACCCCGAAUUUGGACCGGAUGGCCGCUGAGGGCAUGCUUUUCCCCAACUUCUACACGGCCAACCCCCUGUGCUCACCAUCCAGAGCGGCCCUGCUCACUGGACGUCUGCCCAUCCGCAAUGGCUUCUACACCACCAACGCGCAGGCCCGGAACGCCUACACGCCUCAGGAGAUCGUGGGCGGCAUCCCGGACACCGAGCUCCUCCUGCCCGAGCUGCUGAAGGGGGCCGGCUACGUCAGCAAGAUCGUGGGCAAGUGGCAUCUGGGCCACAGGCCUCGGUUCCACCCCCUGAAGCAUGGAUUUGAUGAGUGGUUUGGAUCCCCCAACUGUCACUUUGGACCUUAUGACAACAGGGCCAGGCCCAACAUCCCUGUGUACCGGGACUGGGAGAUGGUCGGCAGAUUUUAUGAAGAAUUUCCGAUUAAUCACAAAACUGGAGAAGCCAACCUGACCCAGAUCUACUUACAGGAAGCCCUGGAUUUCAUUAAGAGGCAGCAGGCAGCUCAGCACCCCUUCUUUCUCUACUGGGCCAUCGACGCCACACAUGCACCUGUUUAUGCUUCUAAGCCUUUCCUAGGCACCAGUCAGCGAGGGCGGUACGGCGACGCUGUCCGGGAGAUCGAUGACAGUGUGGGGAAGAUCCUGAACCUGCUUCAGGACCUGAGGAUCGCGGAGAACACAGUUGUUUUCUUCACAUCUGACAAUGGUGCUGCCCUCAUUUCUGCUCCCAAAGAAGGAGGCAGUAAUGGCCCCUUUCUGUGCGGAAAGCAGACCACAUUUGAAGGUGGGAUGAGGGAGCCUGCGAUUGUGUGGUGGCCCGGGCGCAUCCCUGCAGGCCAGGUGAGCCACCAGCUGGGCAGCAUCAUGGACCUCUUUACCACCAGCCUGUCCCUCGCAGGCCUGGAGCCACCCAGUGACAGGGUGAUCGAUGGCCUUGACCUCCUCCCCGCCAUGCUGCAGGGCCAGCUGAUGGAGAGGCCGAUAUUCUAUUACCGUGGCAACACACUGAUGGCUGUCACCCUGGGCCAGUACAAGGCCCACUUCUGGACCUGGACCAAUUCCUGGGAGGAGUUCAGACAGGGCAUUGAUUUCUGCCCUGGACAGAAUGUCUCAGGAGUCACCACCCACACGCAGGAGGAGCACACGAAGCUGCCCCUCAUCUUCCACCUGGGACGAGACCCAGGAGAGCGGUAUCCCCUCAGCUUUGCCAGCACCGAGUACCUGAAUGUCCUUGGCAGGAUCACCCCAGUUGUUCAGCAGCACCAGGAGGCCUUGGUCCCUGGACAGCCCCAGCUCAAUGUGUGCAACCAGGCAGUCAUGAACUGGGCACCCCCAGGCUGUGAAAAGUUAGGGAAGUGCCUGACGCCCCUGGAGUCUGUUCCUGAGAAGUGCUCCUGGCCCCACUAGCUCCCGUGCAGGCUCAGGCAGGCCCAAGCCUCCCACAGGCCCUGCAAGUGCCGGGGGUAGGAAGGGUCUGGUUCCCACACUAGAGGAGCCUCAACUGCCCUCCUCCCCGCCUACCUGAUUCUGCUGCCUUGAGCCUGAGGCCCUACAUCAACCUGAGCUGAAUGCUGCGCUGCCUACAGGUCUCAGUAUGCCCACCUGUCUCGUCCUCCCACUUGGCUCUUACUACCUUAAGACUGGCCUUGUUCAGGGCCUGGCCUUCAUCCCAGGACCCAGAGGGCAUGACUCACCACGGAUGCCCUCAGCACUUCAACCCCUGUGUCAAGAGAUGCUGUGCCAAUCCUGUGUUGAACCCCUUGGUGCUGCCCAGAGGGGGCACCCCAGCCCCACCUCUCUGCACCACACCACAUGGAGGGGGAGGAGGCAGAGGGCCUCCCUGACCUGGAUCCUCCAUAGCCAAGGCCUCCCCCACCCAGUGGCGACAGCUGAUGCUGGUGCUUCCCUGGACAUAAUGUCAGCAUCACGGAUUGUCCACCUUUCUUAGGGAUCUAGACCCCUAAACCCCAGCACAUUGUGCGGUGCGUCUGCGCUUCACAGCAAUCCCGACUGCCCUCCUCCCCUUGCCACCUGGUGUGGCAAAGCCUGAAGAGGCCCUUCACCGCCCGAAUCCGCCCGAAUCGGAAGAGCCUGAGCAACCAAGUGCAGACCCCAAGGCCCCUGCCCUGAAGCCAUGCGGAGUGGGGUCUUCCCAUCUGCAGUGAUUAUCUUGCCAAAGCUCUAUUGCUGGAAGUUGGGGAAUUAUGAAGAAAAUGGUUUUCGAAUAAAGUAACAUGC